GGUUUCUCCUCUCCUUAUUCCUUCCGAGUUUCUUUUCUUUCUUUUCGCCACCCCUUAUCUUGCUCCGAUGCAGUUGCUCCUCGCUGUGGCUUAGCUAGGGUUUCCUCAGCAGCCGGAGGUGCACAUCGAGGGCAGAUUUAUCGGCUAAGUUCCGACUGGCGGCGCCGUAGGACGAGUUCGGGCCUACUUCGGCGACUGCGAGUUUGGGUUCUCAUCGGCCAGUGCGUUCAUCUUAUCGAGAUAUUGCUUGGGUGCAACUGUGUCUUUUGGCAUCCUGUUUGCCACCCACUGAAAAACUUUGAGGCUAGUUCGUGAAUUAUCUGAAGCAAAUGGGAAAUCGAAGACAUGCCGGUGGCCAUGGCUUUGGUCCAAGUUCUUUCAAGCGAUCAACAAAGAAGAAACAAAGUAGUAUCUGGAAGAAGAGCGUGGCUCAAACAAAGAGAACUCUAGAACAUUUUAGAGUACCGGUGGCAAAUAGAUAUAACAAUGCUAAUGGAAGAGGUGAUGAUGUUUUUGUGACUCAGAAGGCAAGGCAAAUUCCUCCAGAGGCGACUAGCAACUCUAAGGUUGAGUGUCAUGCAAAAGAUUUAUCAUGCCCCUUGUCCUCAAGGUUGAACAAUGGUUCUUCCAGGAUGAAAAAUAGUAUGAGGCCCUCCAGCUCAAGGCCAAACAAUAGCGUGGUUGGUCCACGGAACAAUAUUGAAAUGCCCUCUUCCUCAAGGCCAACCAAUGGCUUGAAAUCUUCGAAGAAGGAUAGAAAGUCUUCUUCAAGGCCAAAGAAUAUCGAGUUGUACUCGAGGUCUAACAAAUGCCCAAUUUCUAGUGAGGAGGAUGUUCAAAAGUCUAGACCGUCUUUGUCAAGGUCGAAUAGCCCAAUUUCUCGACCUAAGCCUAAGCGCUCUUCCUUGAGGCAGGACAAUGGUAGAUCCUCCCCGCCAAAGAGCAAGCCUAAGCUCUCUUCCUUGAGGCAAGACAAUGAUAGAGCCUCCCCGCCAAAGAACAUUGGGAUGCCUAGGUCACCUUCCUCAAUACCAAACAUUUACAUGGUUUCUCCAUCGAAGGAAUUUGAGAAGUCUUCGUUGUCUUCAAGUCCAAACUAUGGCUUUGUUCCUUCGCAGAAGGAUAUCGAGCAACUUAUGUCUGCGCCACCCGGGGCCUCUUGGCUUGGAGAUGGAAUUUCCUCAGUAUAUCCUGCCUCCAGAGGGUUGGACGAUGACUCAAAUUCCCCAUUUCAUAUUUCAAAGAUAUCACACCCCUCGUCGGUGGUUUCUAACUCAAAUAAUGUCAAACAAACAAUGAUUGGUGAAGAUAAGAAUGGAGACCUCUCGAUGGGGAAGGAAGCUUCGACUUCUAGCCUAGGGUUGAAGGGUAAAGUCAUGCAAGAUCUCCAACCUCACUUCGGAGUCAAUUGUGGUCCUUUAUUCGUUAAGAACCUUUCAAGUCGCCAACCAGCUGAGGCAUAUCCCAUGAGCAAUAACACGGAGCAAAAUACAAAUCACGGUCGACUUGCUAGUAGAAAGCGGAACACCGCCCUUAUGAAUGAUGGAAGAGCCGAUGAUGACAAGUCUAAGAGCAAGAUUACAAAACCAUUGGUUGAAGAGAAGUUUGAUUCACAUGAGGAUGAUGAUAAUGAUGUUGGGAAUGGUAGGCCAAAGGAGACAAGGAGAAGACCUGUAGGGUAUGAGGAUGAAGACUGCAAUUACGUGGAGCAGAAUGCAAAUCACAAUCAACUUGAUAGUAGAAAGUGGAACACUGCCCUUACAAAUGAUGGAAGAGGCGACGACGACAAGUCUAAGGGCAAGAUGAUGAAGCCAUUGUUGGAUGAGAAGCUUGAUUCAAAUGAGGACGAUGAUAAUGAAGUUGAGAAUGGUAGGCCAAAGAAGGCAAGAAGGCCUACAGGGGAUGAAUAUGCAGACAGUGAUUAUGGUGAUCAAAAUCUUGCAAGUCGCCAAUCAGCCAUGGCAUCUUUCAUGACCAAUUGCGUGGAGCAGAAAGCAAAUCACAAUCCGCUUGAUAGUAGUAAGCGAAACACUACCCUUACGAAUGACGGAAGAGGCGAUGAUGACAGGUCUAAGGGCAAGAUGGCAGAAUCAUUGUUGGAAGAGAAGCUUGAUUCGCAUGAUGACGAUGAUAAUGAAGUUGAGAAUUAUAGGUUGAAGAAAAGGAGAAAACUUAUAGGGUAUGAGGGUGAAGAUGACGACGGUGGUGGCCAAAAUCUUGCCGGUGUGGAAAGUGGUACUGCUAUGAUAACACAAAAAGUUGUUGUGAAGGAGACCAAUGUCUCCAAUCCACCCGUUUCAGAAUCUUUCAAGCUGCAACACUAUAGUUCCCUUCCCAUCGAUGAACCUAUUUGGAGUGGACUCAUCAAGACAUGCAGCAAGGACUAUGUUUCAUUAGAUGCACAUUUGUCAACCAAAUACUGUGAGAUUGUGUGUAAAUUGUCAAGAUCAUUGCAGCCGGUGGUUGAAGUAACAAAGCUGUCUAGGAUGGAGGCUUGGCCUAGGAGCUUUGAGGUGUCAAGACCCACUGAUAGUGACAUCGCUUUGUAUUUCUUUCCCCACAAAAUGAGGCAACGUACGGACCUUGAUCAACUAGUUAAGGAAGUUGUGGAAAAUGAUAUGGUCUUACUAGCUGUUGUCGGCGAGGCCGAAAUGCUGAUUUUCCCUUCUAUUCUACUGCCUGAACAACACCAAACUUUCCAAGGACGACCCUACCUGUGGGCGGCAUUCAGGCCCAGAAGAGCAAAUAAGUUUCGUACAGUGGAAGAACAGCGACAUGGCAAAGGCCAUUGUGCACAGGAGGAAGAGAUGGUAAAACAGCCUGAAGCUCCUGAAGAAGCAGAGGGGCAAGGCAUGGAGCAGGAACACAUCCCAGCAGAGGGGCAAGGCAUGGAGCAGGAACACAUCCCGGCAGAGGGGCAAGGCAUGGAGCAAGUACACAUCCCAGCAGAGGGGCAAGGCAUGGAGCAGGAACAGUCGUCGGUCCAACCCAACGCUCCAGCACCUGUUGAAGGUGUAGCCAGGGCUACUUCGGCUCCCACCGUGCUGGCUGCAACGUCUGCAAGCCAUGGACAGACCCACUCAAGCUUGGGUGCCCCCACAGGCGCACUGUUCGGCUUUGUGGCUCAGCUAACUCCAAGAUUUGAGCAACUCAUCCAGGAGAUGCAACGUGAAGGCGCUGUGAUGGUUGCGGUGCGAGGGGAGAUGAAGGCUUCGAGCUCAUCCUGAAGCCUCGCCAUGGUGUAGUCUGACCCUAGCCUUGAGCCGUCCUCUGUAAAAUGGUAGCGUAUGUGCUGUGCGCUUUGUAGGUAGGCAAGGUAGUGGACUUGUGAUCUGAGCCUUGGUCGACCUUCGCGUGCCUACUAGUUAAUCUACUACCCCCUCUGUAAAGAAAUAUCUGUUCACAGCAAUUUGCCCUAAGUUCAGAGUUGCUUUUCCCUAA